GUGAUAAACAGGAGCUCCAGUCGCACCUGCGGCUGGCCACGUCUCCGGCUCUCCGCUGCUUUUUCCCUGUCGUCGGUGGAGCUACUGGAGACCUGAGUUGGACUAACAAGAGGGUCUAUUUGUUUUUGGUUGUUCUGCAAAGGGGUUUUCUUAAACUAUUUUGUGUCCUCCCUUCGUUUUCCUCCUCCGCCGGCGGCCAGGGGGCAAGAAACCGCCUCUGCUCGCGCCAUCGUGGGCUCUCCUCACUGUUCGAUUCCCCACGGGGUUAGAGGCGGAGUUCCGGGCGCGUUUCUGGUUGCUUGAUUCCUGUAUCCAUCGGUGGCUUCUUGCUGAUCGACGGUACCUCUAGCCAUGGCUUAGACUGGGACCUUCAAAGAGCAACAGGACCCAUGGAGGCUGGAGACGCAGGAAACGGUUCUGCAGCAGCGGCACAGAUAAAGGGAAGUGGGGAUGAUGCCGCCCACAAACCGCUGCCUCCUUGCUGCGUCAAGGUCAAGGCCGGCGUGCCUGAAUCCGAGGCCAAGUGCCAUGAUACCGUGGUUUCGGGCUGGUUCACCGAACCCAGAUCGCGCUUCGGUAAAACAAGCAAAAUGCAGUACUACAACAACCCUAUGUGGCCUGGAGAGGCUCACUCUCUGAAAGUGGAGAAGAUUCUGUACCAAGGGAAAUCACCUUACCAAGAGAUUUUAGUUUUUGAAUCUUCAACCUAUGGAAAUGUUCUUGUGCUUGAUGGUAUAGUUCAGCUGACCGACAAGGACGAAUGUGCAUACCAGGAAAUGGUUACUCACCUUCCACUAUGUUCAAUUCCAUCACCGAAGAAUGUUUUGGUUGUUGGAGGUGGUGAUGGUGGUGUACUGCGGGAAAUAGCCAGACAUGAUUCAGUGGAGACUAUUGAUAUAUGUGAGAUUGAUCAACUAGUUAUUGAUGUUUGCAAAGAGUUCUUUCCGAACUUAUCCAUUGGAUAUAAAGAUCCUCGUGUCCGACUUCAUGUUGGUGAUGCUGUUGAUUUCUUGAGGAAUUCUCCUGAAGGGAAAUAUGAUGCUAUUAUUGUUGAUUCAUCAGAUCCAAUUGGUCCAGCUCAGGCACUUGUGGAGAAACCAUUUUUUCAGACAAUUGCUAGAGCUUUAAAGUCUGGUGGUGUUCUUUGUAAUCUUGCUGAGAGCAUGUGGCUGCACACACAUUUAAUCCAGGAUAUGCUGGCUAUCUGUCGUCAGACAUUCAAGGGUGCUGUGCACUAUGCAUGGACAAGCGUUCCAACAUAUCCCAGUGGUGUCAUUGGAUUUUUGCUAUGCGCGAAAGAAGGUCGACCCGUGAACUUCUUAACUCCUGUGAACCCAAUUGAGAAAAUACAAGGAGCUACAAAAGCUGGAAAGGAACUCAGAUUUUACAAUUCAGAGAUUCAUCGGGCUGCUUUUGUUCUGCCAACAUUUGUAAGAAGAGAACUGGAAUCAUAUACCACUCCUAGUACUUCUAAUGAAAAGGAGAAGCCAAAAGAAUCAGUUUCGAAGUCGCAGAAGAUAAAGAUAUUGCCAAACAAUGCCAUUGUUACAGCUUCCUAGGCUUGAACCGUACUCGAUCUACUUCUCCGAAUUCUGGUGCAUCCAAGCUGGGGUCGUGUAUAGUUGUAUUCUUACCGUAAAGAUAGUCACUGAGAUGGUAAUGACGAUGCGCCAGGAGCAUAUAUAUAGUGUCUUUGUGAGUGAUGACUGGUUGAAUAAAGGAGGAAUUGAACUGCUGUGAUGCCUACCAGAAUAAUGUGUUCCCCUCUGUUUCUGGUGUUUGUUGUGCACAGCUGCACAAGUUCCCAACUUGCAACUUGUAAGACCUGUUGAUGUAAUAUAAUCCUAUUUUGCAUUUGUCCUGAGACAUCAUCUACUUCAUGACGG